AUGGAACGCGAGAACCGCUCUAUUGCCUCUCCGCCGAGGAGUUUCGAAACGAUGAAGAAGCCGACGGACGGCGAAAACGAUACGGAUAUGGGCUUGGGAAGAUGGGUCCAGGAGAUCUUGGACCUUAUAAAAGGGUUUGCCAGACGAUAGGUGGAGGAAAAGCAGCAAUGGAAGCCGAGCGACAUCGCCUCAAGGCCUACAGAACCUUGACCUACUCCGUCGGCGUCGUUUCUGUCGUCGUCCUUUUUGCCGCCGCCGUGACUCUGCCUUUGGCCUACCACUAUGUCCAUUCGAUGAAAGGGCGUCUGGAGGCUCAGUUUUUGGUUGGUUUUCCUUUUUCUAUGAGUUUCCGAUGGGAUUUCGAAUCGUUCAACAUCUCAUACUUUCAACUUCAGUCUGCGUUAAAUUUGUUCGGAACUUUUCCGGUUCAGCGAAUUCUCCAAAUUUCAACUUGACCAGUAUCUAUUUUCGAGAAAAGACGAUUCAAAAUCCUAUUUAUUGAACAAAUUCCAGAAAAGCUUCUUUUAAAGCGUCCGUCCUCAAAAAUGGAAACUUGUUGAUAUGGAGACUAUCAUCUAGUACAUCAAAGAGUUAUUUAGCCGACUAUCCAGCGAUUAUAUGAUUCGAAAGACAUCGAUCUCAAGACACACUUUGUAUAGGGCAGGAUUUUCUCCGAACACUCCACGAAAUUUUUAGUUUUCCAUUAUACGUCGAUGGUUUUGAAGCUCCCAAACUGAAUUCCCAUUGAAACUUUCCAAAUUCUCCCAUUCUUCAUCCUCAUUUUCGCGGAUCAACAACUAUCCUUGCAGGAAUGCAACGAAGUGGCGAAGGAGCUCUUCGAUGGGGUAGAAGACAUGCAGAAGGUCAUGCUCACCGGAAACCGUACCGUCCGUUCGCCACGCAAUCACUUUGAUGACGCCGACGUCGCGCCGAACUGCGACGAAUGUUGCCUUCCAGGACCUCCAGGACCACCAGGACCGCCUGGACGCAACGGCCGUCACGGAAAGAGCGGUGCUCCUGGAAUGCCUGGAAACUCUGGAAAGGCGAUGGGAUCCCCAUGCGAUCCGCAAGUCCUCUCUGGCUGCAAGUGUGCGGCCGGUCCUCCAGGAGAUAAGGGAGAACCUGGAGCGCCUGGAGACGAUGGAAGGCCUGGAGUCAACGGAAGACCUGGAUUCGACGGUCUGGCUGGAUCGCCCGGACGUCCUGGAAAGCCUGGACCACCUGGAUUCGAUGGAGCUCGCGGAGAAGAUGGACAUGAUGGUUGGUGUUCGAUUUUUCCUAUUUUCCAUUCAAUAAUUUCUCAAUUUUCUCAUUAGGGAUUAGAAUCUAGUCAUUGCGUGACUUCUGAGUCAGCCAAAAAUUACUAACUUUAAAAUAGACAUUCGCAACAAUUAUUAAAGUGAGAUUCGAAAACAGCGUAAAAACGGCCCCAAUGGAUCACAGGAUAAUCUCAAAAUUUCGAUGCGAUAUAAAAGAAUUUCCUAAAAAUUUAGUCGACUAAUUUAUUAACUUCAUUUUUUUUCUAGGAGAAGCCUGCCCAGUCGACGACAGCGUGGUCGGACCACCUGGCGAGGACGGCGAAGUCGGACCUUCUGGAGCCGCCGGAACGCCUGGAGUUCCCGGCAACCACGGAAAAGACGGUCUUCCCGGACCGGCCGGAGCGCCUGGCGCUGACGGAGCCGACGGCGCCAACGGCAACGACGGAGAGCCAGGAGCUCCUGGAAAGCCUGGAAACCCAGGAGAACGCGGAAUCUGUCCAAAGUUCGCGGAAAGUCUCAUUUAUGAAAUAAAAGAACAUUUUCAGGUACUGCGCCAUCGACGGCGGAGUCUUCUUCGAGAACGGAGAACGACGGCGAUAA